UCUAGCAGUAUUUUUAGAAGCAGAAUAAAUUCGAGCAGAUUGUUUUGAAUUUAGAAUUUAUAUUUAUUUAUUUUUAUUGUUGAAUAUCAUUCUUAUCAGCAAUUAUUUUACUUCAAUCAUUAACAUUUAUUUCAUUCUUUUUCUACAAAAGUUUUUCAAAAUAUACAUAUUACAAAAUGUCACAUACAUUUGUUGACGGAAAUCUUGGUGGUCGACCUGUGUGCAUGGCUAGCUGAAAAGAAUCCCUGACGUACGUGAAGCGACUCUGUAAAUAUUUCCAACUUUAAGUCGAUUUUGUAGUUCAUGUUCGUGUAAAAAACCUUCGUUCCCAUCAGCAGAGUAGCCUUCAUUCUGGGAACUGGUUGUUUUGAUAUGGAGCAUGUUUGUACGAUGCUGAAACGGGAAUCCGUAUUUACGGCACUGCAGCGACUAUCGAUGGUAUAAUCCAGUACGAGUGAAAGCAACUUUAGCAGCAUAACAAAUUGCAACUAACUGGGAGCGAUGAAUGGAACGGUAGAAAGUAAUACCAUGGCAAAUACUCCGCCAGUGCCAGGAGCAUCGGCAGCAGGAGGCAACAUGCUGGCUCAACAAAAGGCAGCCCGUAACUUUAAGCUGCUGGUCGAUCCAUUUCUGCACAGGGGCACUCAGAAAAUUUAUCGUUACGAUGGUGUUGUGCCGGGAGAUCCGACCCAUCCGCCGGUCAUUCCACGCGAUCCACGAAAUCCUCUGGCCCGUAUUCGAUCCCGUGUAGAGCCGCUGGAUAUUCCUGUACCGAGGUUUAAAAUCGAUCAGCACUACGUCGGAGAACCACCAGCCGUAGAAAUCACAAUAACAAACCUGAACGACAACAUCGAUAAGCCAUUUCUAUCGGACAUGCUGGCCAAAUGCGGAACAUUUACCGAGCUGUACAUAUAUUAUCAUCCCGUAUCGAACAAACAUCUCGGUCUAGCGCGGAUCGUAUUCGAGCAGGUUCGUUCGGCGCUCAUGUGUGUGGAAAAGCUAAAUGGUACAUCCGUAAUGGGCAAAGUGCUGAACGUGUUCAAAGACCCAUUCGGUGAGCAGUGUAAACGGUUGCUCGAGGAAAAAACGUCCGAAAAGAAACCAGCACCGCCACAGCCUCCUCUACCACCGUUGCCUCCGGCCAGUUCCAACCACCAUUCCCUCCCAAACCCAUCAGCCUCGAUGAGUGAUCCGCUUGGGCUAAAGACGGCGCUAGCUUCGAGGCCACCAUAUCGCAAAGCCCCGCCAGAACCGGAUCAUUUACCCGAGCCAUGGGAAAAGAAGGGCGUUUCGAGCAUCGGGGAAGAUACGGAGCUAUGGGAUGCUGACGAUUUUUCUGGCAGUGCGGGCAAUAGUCAGGAUUCGAAUUACUACAGCAAGGAGAAAAGUACCAGCCGUAGUCAAUAUGGUGGCGAAUGGGAUGAAGAUGGUCGCAGCCGGGAUGCGAAAUACUACGACGAGAAGGAUCGUAAACAUCACCAUCAUCAUCACAAGAGUGAUCGUGUACGAGAUCGGGACCGUGAACGGGAUAAGGAUCGGGAGCGUUAUCGGGACCGGGACAGAGACCGCGAUCGAGAUCGCGAACGAGAUCGUGAUCGGGAUCGAGAUAGGGAUCGUGAUCGGGAUCGUACACGUGAUAGACACCGGGAUCGUGACAGAACUCGUGAUCGAGAUCGGGAUCGUACGCGUGAUCGUGAAUAUCGUGAUCGUGAGUGGGAUCCAAAAAAGAGAGGCAAAAGCUAUCGUGAUUCGUGGUACGGUGAAGCAGACGGCUAUCCAACUGGUAGUCGGUACGAGUCCGGAUAUGAUUAUUAUUCUUCCUCGUACCCGGGAAGUUCGGAGUACGGUAUGUACGGUUACCCGCCGUCCGAAAGCAGCUACGGCACUUCGUCAACUUCUUCAAAGUGGGCUCCACCGCAACCACCGCCACCCCCUCCACCACCUCCACCGGAAGAGAAUUGGGAUAGUGCUUCCAAGCCACCUGCGCCACCUCCGCCUCCGGUCAACAAAAACAGUAGCAGCAGCAUUGCUAGCAAGACCAUCAUGGACGAUGGCGAACUAUGGGACAUCGAUGCAGUUCCCACGGCCACCGGAACAAAGUCAGUGCCACCGCUUCCAUCGGCAUCACCACCAGCACCACCCGAACCGAAACCAUCGAAAGUUCCCGGCGCAAAUGACGACGACAGCGGCAGCACACUCGAUCUCGACACUCGGAUAGCACUGCUGUUCAAGGAGAAAACGUUUGGUGGAAGCUUUUUGCAGCUCAGUGACGACGAGGAAGAAGAUCGAAAACCCGAGAUUGGUGGUAGUGUUACUGCGGAAGCGACAGCGAUUGUUGACACUAGUCAGUUGAAGCAAGAACCGAUGGAUGUGGAGGAUGGUCCGAUUUCGCGUCGCCCUCCAAGUCCUCCACCACCGGUUGAACCUGCGAAACCACCUCCACCCAUGCUUCCACCGGAGGAGGAAUCGAACGAGCUCAAACUUCCAAAACGGGAACCAAAAAUUGAAUGCCUGAAAGAGGAAGGAGCGAGUGACAUUUCCUCGAGUGACGACGAGAUCCUAGCAAAUGAUGAAGAAAGUCUUGCCGUUUCGCCAAAGGAGGAAAUGAAGCGCCUAGCAACGGAGAAACCACCAUUACCGGGGUCGGAAGAUUCAAAAACUGGGGUACUCCAACCAGCUGCACCUCCACUACCCAGUGAGCCUGCCCCAGCAGUUCCCCCGCCACCGGAACCAACCGAAGGGGGCAGUUUUUCCUUUCUGUAUCCAACCAACAAUUACUACAACUAUGCUGCACAGCCAUCAUCUGCCGGUUCCGUCUAUUAUCCCGGCUAUCCGACCGGGUUCCCUGGAGCACCGCUAUUUAACACGUACGGCAUGCCAUCGUCCACCGGGAUGUACUACUCGUCGGGCAAACAACCUGGUCCCCAUGGGACCGAUGAUGGACAUAAUGCUUUUAUCGAUGCUGGAGGUGCAACGAACCUGAAAGAUCGAGCACGCGGCACUAAACGAAACCGCUACGAGGUAGCAAUCGAUUCCGUGGUCGAUCGCAUUGUCGCAGAGCUGAAGCAAAUUUUAAAGAAAGAUUUCAACAAAAAAAUGAUUGAAAACACCGCAUUCAAAAAGUAUGAGGCAUGGUGGGAUGACGAGGAACGGAAAAACAAGGGCGACAACAAGCGGACACUGCACGGUGGUGAACCGUCCAGCUUAUCGAGUACCGGCGCGCUUGGUGGAACAGGAACUGUAGCGUUGAAAAUAGAGAAGCCGCCCGACAUUAAUCAUCUGCUGAGCCAAACGUACGACAACCUAGACAGCAGUGGGGGCAGUUUCGUUGGGCUUGGGCUGCGCGCUACCAUCCCCAAAAUGCCCAGCUUCCGGCGUAUACGCAAACAGCCGAGCCCUGUACCGCAGGACGAAGAUUCGCGCAAGAGCGAUCAAGACGAUAUGGUACAAGGAUCGGAUUCGGAGAAAGAAACUUCAAGUGGUACUACAGCGGGACCGUCCACCGCUACCGGUACCUCGUCGUCUUCCGGUAAAGGAGUCGAUGCGGGAGAAUCUUCACCAUCCAUUGAGAGUGGCAAUCGGUCGAGGCCAACUGCUGGUGAUAGCAGUGAAACAGCGGGUCCUUCCCGUUCGGCCGAGAAGCGAAUGCCAAGCGUAUCAUCGUUUACCUCCAGCAGCGAAGAUGAAGAUUCAAGUGCGUCCGAUUCGGACGAUAGUCUCGAAUCGGGUUCACUGUCGGAGGUGGACACGACGGUUGCCGCCGCAUGUGCUGCGAAGCGAGCGCGCGAACGGCGCGACAGGGAAAAUCGUAUUUACUCCGACUCGGACAGUGAUACCGUCGAUGCGCAUCCGAUUAAACAGCGGACAGGCAACAGUUUUGGCUCGCGACGGUUGAAAGAAGGUGGAAAGGUGGGCAAAAUAUACUCCGAUUCGGAUUCGGACGAUGUGAGACUUCCGGUGCGCAAGGAGGUACUUCCGGCAGCAUCCACCGAACGGCGGCGUAGUCACAGUCGAAGUCGCACCCCACCGUACGGUGGGCAUCCGGUUGUAAAAUCAACGGCCCAAAAAGCUAAACCAUCUGCUGAGAGACCACCCAUCGAUUAUUCGCUACUGCCAAAGCUUUCGCUACAGGAACUGCACGAAGAUUUAUCGCCCAGUUCCGGCGAUGAGAUGCUGCUGAUGGAGGAAGACGAGCGGCCACCGCGGACACCUGGUCGUGAAUCGCCAAGCAAAGCGAAAAGUGUGGCGAUUAGUAGCAGCACAAUCGGUAACAGUGACAGCAGUCAGCAGAACCACCACCAAUCGUCGUCGUACGGUAUGCUGGACCGGAUCUACAGUGAUUCGGAUGAGGAACGUGAGUACCAGGAAAAGAGACGUCGUAAAGCGGAAUGUUUGCAGCAAAUUGAUAAGGAGUGCCAGGAAGAGUUGGAACGGAUGGCCAAGGAAAAGGUGGCCCGGAAACCGGUGACCGAAAAGGAUAGCAGACUGCCGGUUGGUAAACCAUUGACAUUGCUUGACAAUAAGAAAGCCUCCAUGUUGUCGUUUGCCAGUGGUAAACCGUCCAGUCUGGAGGAACCGGUGACACCAAAUCUUUCCCAACCGCCUCCUACACCGGGUGCGGGUUUGAGCGAACUGCGAAAGAAUCCGCUCAGUUCACUUUUCGCCAGCAGUGAUAGUAAUGGUGGUGGUAGUGGCGGUGUUGCAGAUAUGCACCUAUCUGCCCGGGAAGAAGGUCCGAAAAGUGAGCAGGCAUCACCAUCGACUAGUGGGAAGAAGCGAAAGAGUGGUACCGCUGGUGGUAAAGGAACGGUGGCCGGUAAAUCACCCAAAGGUAACUCCCGCAAAGGAGCGAUCAAAGAGGAACUUAAUGGUUCGGAGCACGAAAAUGCGCUACCCACGUCGAGCGGCCCAACUGUACCGAGCGAUUCGGUACGUUCGGAUGACUUCUUUAUGGCUGGCGGUGGAACUAAAGGAUCGCCGGCCUCGUCGGAUGGUGGUUCCAGCCAGGCCAGUCAGGUGGCACUCGAUCACUGCUAUUCGUUACCUCCGUCCGCUUCGCCAUCCUCAUCCUCGCCUCAGCAGCAGUCCGAUUCAUCGACGGCCAAUACGCAAACCAACAAAUAUGCACCUUCGUCCAAAAACGUGCUUGCACACGACCAUGGCUACACGAACAGUAACGAUGGCGUGCAGCCAACCGCUCUUGAUCUUGCUUCACUUCCGAUGGUAACCGAUGGGACGAGUAAUGCCCCCACCGUUGCUGGCGAUCCAUCGGCCACUACAGUCACUGGUAAUCCGGUUGGCAGUGGUGGUACCGCUGUGAUGAAACCACCAACGGUUCAAACCAAACAAAGGAACGAUCGUAAGCGACCGGAUAGGCAAUCGCUUUCCUUCACCGAGUACGAUCCGGCAAUGGAAGGCAUCCAACUGGAACGCUUUAUACCGGUACCGAAAUAUCGUCCGCGCGAGCUGGCCAACGAAAUGGGACUGCUGUUCGAUUUCCUUACGCGCGGUAUCGACACCGAAGACAUUCGGUACAUACGGCAAAGCUACGAACUGUUGCUGAUGGAUGACGCAAACAGUUACUGGUUGAACGCGACGCACUGGGUUGAUCACUGUUCCACGGAUCGUAGUUUCGAACCGGCGCUUUUGUUACCACCGCCGACGAAGCGACGCAAGAAGGACAAAGCUGGAGGGGGCGGUAGUUCGCUUGCCGACAUCAAGCUACACCGGACGGGUAGUGCCCGAACGGAAGGCUACUAUAAGAUUGAUCCGCGUGAAAAGGCCAAGUAUAAGUACCACCAUCUCAAGGGUACGGCCGCGGCGAACCAUCUGAGCAAUCUGGAGCUAGCCAAGGCGGUCACUAAGAUGCAAGGCAUAUCGCGGGAAGCUCGUUCGAAUCAGCGCCGGUUGUUGAAUGCGUUCGGGGCAAGUACGGAGUCGGAGUUGCUGAAGUUCAAUCAGCUCAAGUUCCGCAAAAAGCAGCUCAAGUUUGCUAAAUCGGCCAUUCACGAUUGGGGACUGUUUGCGAUGGAACCGAUCGCGGCCGACGAGAUGGUGAUCGAGUAUGUCGGCCAGAUGGUACGGCCAUCGGUGGCUGAUUUGCGCGAAACGAAGUACGAAGCGAUCGGUAUCGGCAGUUCGUACCUGUUCCGGAUCGAUAUGGAAACGAUCAUCGAUGCGACCAAGUGCGGUAAUUUGGCGCGAUUCAUUAACCAUAGUUGCAACCCAAAUUGUUACGCGAAAGUGAUCACGAUUGAGUCGGAAAAGAAGAUAGUAAUCUACUCAAAGCAACCGAUCGGGGUGAAUGAGGAAAUUACGUACGACUACAAGUUCCCGCUGGAGGAUGAAAAGAUCCCAUGCUUGUGCGGUGCACCCGGUUGCCGCGGUACACUCAACUAAACGCUUAGAUCGCUUCGAUCGAUCAUGCUGGGUUGGGGUAACCACAUGCGUUGUCACCGUGUCCAACCCCCAUAGGGCAGAUGAUGGUUUGCUCUUUGUACAUUUCUGUAUCUGUAUAUAUAUUUUUUUCAUUAGACGAAAAUGCUCAUCUGAACAUCAGGUACCGGAUCGAGAGGGGGAGUCUGAUACACAAGUCACAGGCAAAGCGACACGUGCAGUCUCGUUCAUUUUUCCGCUUUCGAUUGGAAAAUUAUGCUUAUACACGGUCCCUUCUCCCUAGUUAAUAAGAUUAAGAGCAAUAGCGAACAGUGCGAACCAUUUAGUUAAUGUCAUUGUUUUGUUCCGUUUUUCUUUCUGAUGCGUUGCGCGCUUACACUUUUCUAUUAUUUUUUUUUAUAUAUAUUUUUUGUAUUAUGCAUUCGAUUCCCUUUAGUAACAUUUUUUUUUGGGGGAAUCUCAAACGGUGUUGAUAUGAUGAGUUUAGUGUAAAUCUUGUGUUGUGGUAAUGAAAACUAUGCAAACUAACAGGAGAUUUAAUCUUGAUCAUACUAGCUUAGGGAAUAAAGCGUACGAUUAGUAAAAUAUUAUUAAAA